CCGAUUGCGAACUGCGAGGGGCUAGUUUACUUCAGUCAAGAUUUAAUUUUAAUUAGACAUGUUAUAGUUAGGUUCAUACAGUUUGAUUAUAUUUUUUUUAUUAAAGUUGAUUAUCAAUUAUUUAGUUAUUUAUUGUGAGUAGUUUACAUAAAUUCUUGUAAAAAAAUCAUUUUAUUCAUAGGAGUGGGCUGAUUACUCACGAUGGUUAAACCCAGUAAGAAUCAGGGAGAGGGGUCUAGCUCAAAUAAGGAUAAGGAUCCUGCUUGGCAGUAUGGAAUUAAAAUAAAUCCUCCGGCAGGAAAGACCGAUUAUGUAUAUGCAAAAUGCAAAUAUUGCAAUAAGAUGAUCACCCGUGGAGUGGGGAGACUUAAAGAGCACCUUGCGGGAACACAUAAAAAUGUGGCGCCAUGCAAAAGUGUUCCCGAAAAUGUUAAAAAGGAUGUGCUAGCAAUGUUGACGAACUAUCAAGAUCAGAAACACGUUAACCAGAAGUUUUUUGAUGAAAUGGUAGAUUCUGGCUCGUACAUUGGUACCGGAGUAACUGGACCUCAACCGCGUGGGCCUAUUGAUCGCUUCGUUACUCGUCCAGGCAGUAGCUCAGGACAUGUAGCAAAUGAGCAGGAAGUUGUAGAAGAUGAUAUUCUGCCUAACAAAAAGAGUAAAACUACCAUGAGAGAGCGACACAAUCUUGUUUGUCAAGAUGUGGGCAGAUUUUUCUUUGAAAAUGCAAUAGCAUUUAAUGUAGCCCGCAGUCCUUCUUAUUUUAACAUGUUGCGUUCUGUUAGUAAUUAUGGUGCAGGCUUUAAACCCCCCAUCUAUGCAUGAGUUGCGGACGUGGAUCCUUAAAGCGGAAUAUGAUACCACGAACACAUAUGUGGAAGAAGUGAAGAAGACAUGGCCGCACACCGGAGUUACGAUAAUGUCAAUGGGUGGAGCGACGCAAGAAACCGAGGGCUUCUUAACAUACUUGUUAACCAAUAUGGUAAUGUUUUCCUUAGAUCUAUUGAUGCAUCAGAUCGAGUUAAAGAUGCAACUUAUCUUUUUGAAUUGCUCUACGGAGUAGUUGAGGAAAUAGGAGAAAGUCUGGUAGUGCAAAUCGUGACAGAUAAUGCAAAUGCAUACAAAGCUACUGGGAGACUUUUAAUGGAGAAGAGGAAGUACUUGUAUUGGACGCCAUGUGUCACCCAUUGUAUUGACCUCAUGCUUGAAAAGAUUGGAGAGCUGACACCAGUGUUGUCAAAAGCGCUCGCUUCUGCGCUUAAGCGCACAAAGCGCAGCGAGGUAGACCCCUAGCGCCUGAGUAAGGUAGAAGCGCACAACCCUGGGCAAGGCGCAGCAUAAGCGCUAGAAGCGCACGAAGCGCGGAAGCGCUAUAGGCGCGCGCCUGCGUCGCCUGAAACGGAAAAGGCUGACAGCCCUUUUUUAGUUUAAAACUUUGAAAAAAAAGCCCAUAUCUUAAUAUUCCUCAGCCCAUGAAAACAAUAGGUUAAAGUAAGUUUAACCUACGUAAAACUAAGCUUAAUAGUACGUAAAAACGUAAACUUGCGCAAGACACUACAAAGCUUAACCGCUAGCCAUCCUCUUCACUCUCCUCGCUUUCCUCACUCCGUCACUCUAUACUCAAGCUGCUCUACACCAGCCGGUUCUUUCAGCUUCAUCAUCCCAAGCAUACGCAGCUCUCCAUUGUAGCAGUAAACAAGGAUAUGGAAGGUGGAACAAGUUCUGUGGGUGGUGCUGAAAGUGAAAACUCUACAAAAAAUGACCCAGCUUGGAAACACAACUACUUAGAUGAAACACAACUAAUUAGUUAACACAACUACCUAGCUUUUUUGAUGCAUUUGGUUCAAUAUGAUGUUACAUACAUCAUAUUUGGUAUUUAUA